AAAAUUGAAAUCAAUCACGAAACAGCCACAGCCAACAGUUGUGAAAUGAAUUGUAUGAACAUGAUAAGACAGUGGAAAAGUAAAGCAAUUUAAAGGGAAAAAAGCUUUUCUUUAAAAUUUUCUCCAAAAACAAAUAUCUGUGGCUGGGACUUUUUUUGCAGCUCCAGAAACAUGGCUGACCUUAAACCCGUGACUUCAUCUGUCAACCGGACGUGUGAUCCGGUUGUCCCAUCGGUCAACCCUUUCUUCAUGCUGGUCUACAGUCUAGUGUUUCUGGUGGGUUUACUCCUCAGUGGCUUCAUCAUAAAGUUUUACUGUUGCCAAGCUCGGCAGCAGGCAUCGAGGAGCUUGAUGGUCUACUUGAAGAACCUGACAGCUGCUGACUUCCUGCUGUGCGUCUCUUUGCCAAUGCGUGUCACUGAUUAUGCCAGCAGGUCUGUCAUCUUUCGGGAGCUCUACUGCAGCUUUGGAGUUACUUCCCUGUAUCUCAACAUGUACGCCAGCAUCAUAUUCACGGGGUACAUCGCUGCCAACAGGUAUCUGACAAUCAUCCAUCCUUCAGGAACUCACAUCCUGCAGACAGUACGGACUGCCCACAUCAUCUCCAUGGUCACCUCAAUGCCCCUCAAUGAUUAUGAACCUGACACACCUGCGAGGUCCCAGAGGCCAAUAAGAGGGCCUGGCAGACCACAGAGAGGGGGAUGAGAGACAGAGCAACAGAGAUGGCAGAGUGAAUGGUGUCAGGGGGCGGCGGCCGCAAGCCGGAGGGGGCUGGUGAAGGUUGGCGUGCAGGACGUGGGAGAGCAUACGAUGCCAGCGAGCAGAGGAGCGGAGGGAGCUGUUCUGCUGCUGGAAUAACUGGAGGUCAGAUCACUCUAUGGUGGAGAAUCAGUGGCAGUGGGACAGCGCUCUACCUCCCACGGCGAGAUGGGCUGGUGCCGAUUGGGGUGCUACAGGAAAGCGGCGGGCAGAGUUAAGAGCUCUGCCCAUCCGGGGUAAGUCUCGCGACUUAUCCCACUAUAACAAACCGUAGCCACUAUAAAGAAUAGUGACUGUCGCUGCCCCUCUCUUCCAGCACCCCGGAGCGGAAACGCUGACAGGACGGCGAGGACGCCGCCGGGUUUUUCCUUGCCCGCUCCGAUUGGCUGGAUUUUAACUUUUAGUGACUUUUAUACCGUGGCGGAUGCCACUGGACUUUAAUGUUUAUGUUUUAUUGAUCUUUAUUGUGUUUUUUCCCUGACCAGGGUUGUUUUAAAUGCUUUUAUUUUUUUUAACUGUUUGUGUGUAAUAAAUUAUAUUUUAGUGAUACAGUUCUUAACUCAGUCCAUU